GCCCAUUCCCACCAACCUCAAUUACCACGCCCCUCAUACCCGGAACUUCCAGUAUAAGCAGAAGAAAGCAUACGGGUACCUAUGCAUUAAAAGACAUGGAUAUAAAUAACCCGAGAUAUCAUACUAAAUUAUCUCCGAGGCCCACACUGCCAAUCGGCCCUAAUUACUCGAAACGCAACCAACACCCAAGUCCAAGUGACGCUGACGUACUCUCCAACAAAAAAAAAACGCUCCGAUUCCGGGGCUGGCAUUGUCUAUUAUGGAGUUGGUAUAGUCUGGGAGGGUGAGCUAUUUAAACCUUUUCCUCCUACGUACUCUACCCUGCCUACCGGCUAUAUAUACAACGAAGUGCGAAGAGAGAUAAUGCCCAUCAGCACAGCAAGAACUAAACCCAACAAAAUGCUCUUCUUCCAAGCUUUAAUAGCCGGUGCAUUCGCUAUCGGGAUCAUCGCUGUCUUCUUCCCGAACAUCCUAACCACAAUCUCGUCAUCAACCCCAAACCUCGCCCGUCUCCGCUCCCACAUAUCCGCCCAACCCCCCGCAGCAAUAAAGAACAACCCAUGGGCGCUCAUGGCCCAAAUCGAAGAGUACGCAGAUAAGGCCGGGCACCUGAUGAUCUUCCGCAGGGCGAAACUGGAUAUCGCGCAUGGCGCCUUACGCUCUAUGUCCCAGCCGCCGAGGGUUGUUCUUGAGUUUGGGACGUAUGUGGGGAUGUCUGCGCUUGGGUGGGGGGCUAUUCUGAAGGAGAUUCAUGGGGGGGAUGGGAUGGGUGUUGGUGGUGCUGUGAAGGAGGAAGGGUGUAGGGUUUAUACCUUUGAAAAAGAUGCUGAGCUUGUGAGGAUGGCUAGGGAGGUUAUUGAGCUUGCUGGGCUGAGUGAUAUUGUGACUGUUAUUGAGGGGACGGCGGGGGAGGGGGUUAGGGGGUUAGUUGCUGAGGGGGAGAUUCAGCCUGGAAGUGUGGAUAUGGUGUUCCUUGACCACUGGGAGAAGUAUUAUCUGCCCGAUUUGAGGGUUUGUGAGGAGUUGGGCGUUUUGAGGAUGGGGUCGUUGGUUGUGGCGGAUAAUACGGAUAAGCCGGGGGCGCCGAGGUAUUUGGAGUAUGUUAGGGCUGGUGGGGAGGAUGGGGGGGUGAGGUAUGAGACGAAGACGUAUCAGAGUGUGACGAAGAGGUUGGGGGCGCCGAGUGCGGUUGAAAUUAGUACGGUGGUUGAUUUGGGUGUGUCUAGAUUCUAGGGCUCCCCUUUAAUUGGGUUCUACAGUGAAGAGUCCAUUGGCUAGCAGUGAAAUGUAGGCGAGGAAGCUAAGAGUAGAAUGACAGGCGAAAGACAGACUUUAUUAAACUAUGGAGCACCUAACAACGAGCCAAGAAGGCACUCUUACAAAGUCCGUUCACCACAAUAUCCUAGAUAUUA